AUGGUCACAACACGAGGAGGAACAGAGACGCCAGGCGCGCCGACGCCCACUCCACGGAGCUCGACAAGAAAACAGGUUGGAAAGCGAGAACUGGAGUCGCUCGAGACACCAACACAGACGAAGAGGCAAAGAAAGGCGCCCAAGGCCACAGCAAGGAAAGGAAGUACGGUGGAGUCAAAAGGACAGGAAGAAUCUGCAGAUGAGCCUUCACAAGAAUCUUCAAACGAUACCUCGGACACAAUUGCUGCCAAUGCACGAGAAUUAGAAGUGCCCGAGACACCUAAGCAGAGCGGCUUGCCAGCUCGCCGAAAAUCAAGCCCACAAGUAGUCGUUGGUGCUGGUGCUUCAGAUCAAUCAUCCAACACCGUGGAAAAGGAAGAUGAAGUGCCAUCGACUGUGCAAAACCCUGCAUUUUACACACCAACACAGGCCCCCGGGUCCGUUUAUGCCACGCCAGCUACACACAAGCGGCCAGAGGGCUCGCCCACGCCCAAAGCUAAGAUCCUAAACGAUCAGACACCAUCGACGGCAGUGAAAAAGGGGAGAGGGCGUCCCAAGAAGACACCACAAAAGGAGCUUAUUGAAGAAACAGACGAGGUACCGUCUUCUACCUACGAGAGCGAAAUGGCACCUAUACCCUCGCAAGACGCUGCACCUCCCUCAGCGCAGCCUGAGAAGGCACACAUGCGCUUCGGCAGCGAGGAGCCUGUGCCGACACCAGCCUCGCCAGUCAUGAAUAAGCAAGGCAGCAAGCGUUACGAAGCCGCAGAGCCUGUAAUCAAACCAUCCCAAGCAGACGAAGACGACGCCAGCGACUCAGACGACGAAGCCCCCGAAGUCAUCACCAUCGCAGCCGCAAGCUCCAAAGCCCUCGCCGCCCGCGCCGAAGCCGACCGCGCCCAAAAAGCCCAACAAGCCAAAGAAGACGCCAAACGCAAAGCUCGCGAAGAAUUCCUCGCCGCCCAACAAGCCGCCAAGCGCGAGCGCGAAGAAAAGAAGGCAAAGAAACUCGCCAAACAGGCCGCCAAAGAAGCCGAAGCAGCAGCUACAGACGCUCCCUCCGCCGAGCAAGAAUCAGACUCCGAACACCCCACGCAAAUCGACACAUCCAACGGCCUUCUCCCCGCCUCCCUCCUCGCCACAAUCGACGACCAGCGCCCGCCCACACCCCCACCCGAGCGCCGCGGCAAGACCGAAGAGGAAAAGCGAAAAGAGAAGCUGAAUCAGCAUAUCAAGUUCCUCGAGCGCACUGACAAGCCCGCCAAGGAUAUCAAAAAGGGUAAACUCAAUGUCGCUGUGUUGGCGCAGCAGAAUAAGGUUAUGCCACCGAAGGUGAAUCGGGAUUCGAAGAAUGUGAGGGAGCAUUGGCUUAAGGGGAGGCAGGUGGAGAAGAGGAUGGUGGGUAAGAAGGGUGGGGUUGUGAGGGUGGGUAGGAUGGAGAGGAGACCGCAUGGGAAUCGGGGAUUCUUGAGGGAUGGGGAUGAGUAG